ACCAUUCAUGCUGGUAACGAACAAGUGAAUCCGGUUAAUCUCUGGGAAUCAUCAGUAAGGAUAUGUCCUCCCUACGGUGAGCUGCAACCAUAUGAGGAACUGCCAAUGAAGCUUCGGAUUCGACCACGCUUGAGACCGCCUUCAAAGGGGUUUAUCAAUAAUCCAGAAAACCCACCUUCUACGCCGUUUGCGCUUUGCGUUCGCGUACACAUCGUGGAGCCAUCUGCACUCCCUCAUUUACAAAUUUCAACAAUAAAAAUUGAUAAGGAUCAUUUUUAUCUUCCAUCAGAUUGUGCUUCGUGUCCAAGCCCUGAGAUUCUAAUCACGGGUAGGGUUGUACCCGUCCAGGUCAGUAUCGAACCUUCUACCGAAGUGAGCGAAUUAAAGGAUAACGUUAACAACAAAGAGUCUGAUAAUCCAAUGAAGACAAUUUCGGUGCCUGGCAAUAGGAUUUUGAUGGACUUUGGUCAAUGCAUUAUUGGAAAAACACGAAAAAUGAAGUUUUGCAUCAGAAACCGAUCUGCCGAGAUCCCAUUGGCGUACUUCCUACCAAGCGUGGCUCACUUCCACACUAGCCCCAGCAAUGGUCACAUUCCGCCCAAUGAUCGUGUAGCAAUCGACGUAGCGUUUAAUCCAAAACAAUGCGGUGCACAUUCAAUUCGUCAGCAAGUACUGUUGCUCGACGACUGUCAACUCAAUGACAACGCUAAAUCUAAAGCGGUGAUUUUCAAGACCUAUUUGACGCUUUGCGGCUCCGCAGUCUUGGGGGCAAUCAAACCAACGAUUAAAUUCAAUCCAGGUUGCCAAAUAAAACUUUCCACACCUAUUCUGUUAACGCUGGGAUGCUUGGCGAUUUCUACCGCCUCGGCGAUCAGUCUGUGUGAAGUGGACCGUAGUCCUCGCCUGAAGACCUCAAUAUUUUCUAAAUCUAUUCUGUGUUCCGUGUCGAGUGCAUGUUCCGCAAUCGCCGAGUCUUUCGAUCUUGGUGCAGUCAUUACACUUGAUUUUGUAGACACAGUCCCUGGUUCUGUCUGCCGGGAUGCGAUCCUUCAAUUGCACCAGUGCAGAGCGCAGAGCACUGUCCCUCUGGUCAGUAACGAAGUUGGAUUUGGUACGGAUAUUAUGCGUUUUGGAUCCAACCUUCCUUGUCCAAGAGUAGCGGUGAUGAAUCAGGGAAAAACUCUCUCACUCAAAGGACUACCAACUCAUGCUCACCAAGAAUGGAGGAAGUUGCUGGAAUACCGGAAACCACAUUCCAAUACUGAUGAUUUCAAGUGUCCUCAGGUGGCGUUUCCGAACGAUAGAGCGACCAGCUUAAGACCUACAGAAGAAGAAAAGUUGAUCAGAACAAUAUUUUGCCGUCUUCCUCGGUAUACCUACCUGGAUCGGGACUACCAGCUAAGUGAAAGUAAACUGAAGUUAAAGGUAGCCAACACUCAAUUUUACGCGGAAUGGAUACGUAAACAUACUGAGAAGAACAUUCAGAAAAGGAUGGACACGAGGCUUAUGCCUUGGCAGGCCGAGCCGCAUCAUGGUUUCAUCCCUUUGGAUAUGGAGAACGAUGCCUUUUGCAUAGCAGUUGACCUGAUCAGGAAAGGAGAAGACAAUUUGCGGGAAGGUAAAAAGAAGCACAAAACGAAGACUUCAACAAUAUUGACGGCCGAGGAUGUAGCAACGAAAAGAUUGAAGGCUCUGGAAAAGAUAGGUAAAGUUAUUGACGCAACAAUAAAUGCGGCUAAAGAAAAAGCGUUCACUGAACCGUUGAGUGCAAACGAGUUGUACCAGGUUUCCCUGAGUCCAAAUUCCAUCGACUUUGGAGAUUUGUGUCGUGGCACCACAAAAACGCAACAAGUUCAGCUGAACAAUCCGACUAACCGUCAAUUUCUGGUAAAAAUGGAGGUAGAAGACAAGACAUUAUGUGAUACUUCACUACCAAUCUAUGUGGUCAAACCACUGACCACCAUUGAAAUACCCGUGACUGUCCAAUGUCAUGCUAUCGGGCGAGUUCAGUAUAACGCGAAUUUCUCCAUCAGCGGACAGUACUACAAAACUGUUUUGAUCACCGCAAACGGAGUUCCACAUCGGCUAGAAGUUAAUCCCUCGGUUUUGGAGUUGGAUCUCACACAUUUUCAGAGCCGAACUAACAAAGGGUGUGUACUGCGAACGAGAGUGGAAUUGUUCAACCCUCUGAAUGUGUCAACUGCAUUCAGCUGGGAGCAGAUAAAUGAAGACGCUUCAUUCAGCAUUCACUGUGACAAAGGCACCGUGGAACCCUUUUCCAAUCUUGUUUGUGAAGUAGUUCACCAUCCAUCAUUCAACACACCGAAGAAACAGACGUUUCGCUUGAAGGUGCAUGAUGAACCACCGGAUAACAACAUUGUAAUGCCUACCUUACACAACUUCAACGUAUGUGAACAAGUGGAUCUCCUCUGUGUUGUCAAACUGCCUCCAAGUGUGGCUGUCUUUGCUGCGAGUAACCUGAGUCUUGGAUCAAUUGCUUAUGCUCUCCCGGUUAAGAGAAUUAUGCGAAUUAACAGUGUGGGCAAUGCGCCCGCAUUUUGUCGAAUAAGUGUGGACGAUAAGGUAAAACCGAAACAUUCAGUGGUUCAAAGCUCAUAUGAUUAUGUUGACUGCUCCAUAAAACCAGUUGAUUUUGAAAUACCUGCCGGAGGCCAUGUGGACUUAGAGGUGGUAUGCACGCCGUACUCCAUCGGCAAGUUUGAAAAAAUUGUCGUACUCCAUGGACGUGGGGGAAGGAAAACAAGCUGCUGCAUUAGCGGCACGGUGAUGACGCCACAAAUUCGUUCUUCAACAACAUUAUUGCAAUUUAACGGUGUCUAUGUUGGUGGAUCAGCGACUGUUCCACUCGAGUUUGAAAACUGUGGCCCCGUCGAGGCAGUGCUGACUUUCAACUUGUCUAAGUAUCCAGAUUUCAGGUUACUUCCGAAUACUUCUCCAGACAGCGAUAGCAGCCCACGGAAGUUGCGAAGCCCGAUUUGUUCCAUCACACAGUGUGCUUCAGGAGACAAUUUCGACAAGCUUUUUGUUAAUGGGACACAGUCGACAAAUGGGAAUUCGUCGACAAUGGAAAACGAACUGAACCUUUGCACUAAUAUUCAACUCAGUCCGGGUACCAAAUGGAAUGGCCAUUUACGUUUCAGUCCGACUGAUGUCGCUGUCUACGACUUCAGUCUUCCGGUGAAAAUAAACAACGUGUCAGCAUUUCAGGAGCAGUCGGACGGAAGUGUAACAAAGCACUGCUCUUCCCACGAUAUCUCACACAGAGUUUUGGCUAUUGGGCUUCGACAACCAGUCGAUAUCUACCCCGUCGACAGAUGUGUGCAAUUCAACUUUCCUCUCGAAACGACCCCUGGAGUUGCCAUUACACAGCAACAGCAGCCACAAGGGGCGAGAUGGCUCAGUGAUUGGAGCGGGGAUUUAUUGGCCGGAAGGUCCGUGGUUCGAACCCAACCUCUGCCUUUCACGUUCGCCUGUCUGGGCUUUGGCAACCUGGCAGUAUCCCAGUCCUCGUGCUUGCUUUGGGCGAAACAGCAGCUAGGCACCAAAAGGUCAUUCAGUAUCAAGGCGGUUCGAGACCAGCCAAUUUUCUGGACACUGGACCUAAACGAAGUGCAACGAUUCAACAAGGGGAAGCUGGGAAUUAUUUCAAUUGAUAGAGACAAAGGGAGUACUUCAACACUUGAUGAACUCAUUGACGGCUCCUUUUCAAACUCUACUGAUGAAGAAAGAUUUACCAUCCGCUUCAGUCCACGAAAGGCCGGCUGUUUUAUUCUCCACGUACCUCUUCUAAUCCUGAAAUCACCAGAAGAUGUAACGGACGGGAAGACUAAUCAGACUGCCUCUAGCAGAUUCACUCCUUUCACGAACCUCAAACUCAUUAUUCGGGUAACUAAACCCAGCAUUCGUUGUUCUCCAUCCCGGAUACUUCUGCCGCCUGUGCCGCCCGACUUCGAAAUUUGUUUUCCCAUUGAACUGGUCUACCAAGAUUUACCACCUAAAUGUAAACUUUCCGUGUGUUGGUGUGCCCAUGAUCAAACCACUCCAACGGAAUGCAAGCAGAUAACUCCUUCUCGCUGCCCUUUUGUGAUUGACAUUCCGCAUGGACAGAUUGUAGACGAUGGAGCAUCUACGAUAAUCAAGGCAACUGGUGGGAGACUUCUGGCUUGGUUCCGCCUCAAAAGCACCCACGAUGGGUUAAUCAUUCGUCCUCAUCCUAAACCUUGUUCCCUUGUUUUUGUCGUUCAACCGGACGAAAACGUCAAUAGCAAGAGUUCAUCUCCAUUAAUUCCAUCUGCGGCUCGUGUGGCUGUACCAGUUAGCCUGGCCGUAGACCGAUCUUUUCUCAGCUGGCUUCAGUAUAUUGACUGGUAUCCCGAAGAUUUCGAUGCCACUAUCUCAUCGCUACCUCGGCAAGGAAAAAUUCCCAGUUUCCAAGGUGACAGUCAUGUCCACCCGUCCGCCAACGAAAUGCAACUUAAGGCAAACAAAUCAACCUCCAUAAUGAAGUCAGGACUUUUGGCCGAUUUUCGUAUUGUGGAUAAGCAAAGACAUGCGGGAAAUGAAAUCGAUCCUCAUGAAAUGCUUUUACAAACCCCAUUAUCCUCAGAUGGUGUGUACAAGGAAAAGAAUUCUACACCACGCCCACAGUUAUCGGGUAGAAAAUCAAUUGUGGUAAAGCACUGUCAGUCGGCCACAGAAUUAGCUGAAGGAAUCUUCGGUCGUCAUUGGCAGUAUUGUGAUAGGAGGACAUCAGAGUGUGUGCGACGAUGGAUUCAAAAUCAAAAUUUUCCAGGAAGCACCCAGAUGCUGAACUUUCCGGAUGAUUUUCGGAAAUGCGCAUCCUUCACAGCCUGUCUCAAGAAACACAAGCCUUCAGUCAUAUCUGACAACUGGAAAACUCUCGCUUCUGGUCCUCAGCAUAGCGAGCAAGAAAAACCAAAGGCUAGGACUUAUUUCAACCAUAAUAUUGGCUUGCUUUACCAGUUUCUUGUGCACCUUUGUGGCGGAACCGCGCCACCUGGAGUACAGCCUUCUAUCUCUCUGAAUACUGAAAGGCCAUUUGAUGCCAUGAAUGCAGUCUACUCCUUUCAUUCCUCGCUGCUCACAUUUGUAAACAGCCAAGGAGGAUGUCUACCUCAUGUAGUACCACAACACUUGAUGGAUCCUCAAGAUUACGAAGCUUGGCAUGCUCUGGGUUUUCCUGGACUCACAAAAUCUGGUCGAUGCAUUCGCCUGACAGAAAGAAGUCUCUGUGACCCGAGACAUUCAGCAUUAAGUGCCAGCAUCAUUUCAAAACGCUCGGAAUCUAAACCACCUGUUUCACCUAAAUCAGGAAGAGACAAGACUCCAAGAGGUCCACACAAACAAUCGCUGUUAAUUCUGCCAAUACAACCUUUGCCCAAGUUAACACGUCAGGAAUUUGAGAGCGUUUCGAUUAGAGCGUGGACAGAUUUGAUGCUUCAACUGAUCAAGGCAAGUUGGCUUUGCUCCUUGUUCUGUUUUGUAGUCGAGCGCCUUGAGCCAAAUGAUGUUGACAAAGUUCGUCAGCCUUUUCGUACAGCUGCACAUGAGUUUUCCUGGACUGCACAAACGCAAUUCAACGACGUUAGCUCGACCGUAUGGAACUGGCUACCUGAGAUGGUAAACUCAGUUGAGAAUGGUCCCAUCAAGCCAGAACCAUCUACUUGCCUCUCAACUAAACAGCUGUCUACAUGGUCGAUGUUGUCCAGAUGCUCCAACAACGAGGCUGCGGUUCUUUAUUGGGUCAAUUAUUGUUACCAACAUGGUCGUCAAACCGUUUGGUCUCACGAUGUAUCAAGUCAGAAGGUCCCAGUGCCGCGUUUGAUUGGGAAUUUCGACACCGACUUUUCUGAUGGUGUCGUUCUUGCAUGCCUAAUUGGUUCUUACGUCCCGUCGUUGAUCCCAGACUACAUCUCAAAGGUUUACACACAACCAAAAACCGAUGAACAACGUCUGCACAAUGCUAUACAAAUCAUUACUGCGCUCGACACCAUUUGCUUAGACUACGGUCUAUUACCUUCGGAUAUCAUCAAUCCCCAUCCGCUUGAAAUAUUGCUUUUGUGCGUCCAGUUGUUCCGGACUCUACCUGACUACAACGUAUGCCAGUGUGUGCAGUUCUCAGGCCCUCAUCAAGUGAUGUGUAAGCGUGAGAUUAUUCUGACAAAUCCAAGCAGCUCUCCAUUGACCUAUAAAUGCUUCCUACUUGGACAGGAUGCCGUGGACUUCGCAAUUCAGUCGUUGCAUUCUGGGAACCACCUAAUCAAAACAGAUACGAAAAACGGCCUAGGUAUUCAAUGUGUAGGUUCUGAGAACAAUCAGGUAUUAGCUUACAUUCCUGCAAACUCAAGCAUCUGUUUGGGAGUCACAUACAGAUCACGGUUUCUUCGCACGGCAAUGGCUACUUUGUUUGCAGUAUGCCAAUCUGGUGAAUCCAUCAGCGGAAGAAAUUUGUCCUUCGCUCUCGUCGGGAAUGUCAACGCCAUUGGUCCAGCUUCCGUGGUGGAUGUCACUUCGCCAUGUUAUACCGCAAAGGAAUUCAGUGUACCCGUAUGUAAUCCAUAUGAACAAUCAGGAACGUUUAACAUAGCCAAAUUUGAGUCGGAAGAGGAUUUAUUCAAGGUCCUUCGCGAUUUCAACCACAAACCAGCUCCUGACAGGUUGUUUGUCUCUGACAUCAGUUUCGGCGCCUCUUCAGAUAAAAAAGAACCAAAUGCGAUUCCUACACUUCAAGCCUUCUUCUGUCGACAGAAGUCAGUCUACUUGUGCACCCAGUGCAGUUUGCCAAAAGAAUCGGAUACAGGCCAGCUGAGCAAAACCAAUCAUUUUCCCUCAAAGGAAGAAACUAGCCAAACCGAAUCCUUGGAUAAUUCUUCCAUAAACAUGAUCUUUCUACCACUUGAACUUGCGAAAAGUAGCUGCUGUCUUCUCUUCAGGAACGAGAAAGUUGGAGAAUUUUUCGUCAUUGUACGCGGUUACGCAGGACUUCCCAAACCAAGUCCUCUGACAUUCUCGGAGCCUGAUGUUACGGGAGCCGAUCAAUUGAAUUUCAAAGGAUAUCGUCUGUCUCCUGCAAUAGCUGCAGCUUGUUUUGGGCGUCCCUGUGAUUCGGAUGUAAUCUAUCUUCGAGUCCCAGUCAAACAGACAGUCAAAGAAACCUUGUUGCUACCGCUUCAGAACAAGGCACGAAACGAUGCCCUAGCUCAGGCCCUGCGACUGCAGCUGGAAACAUCUGGACAGAAGAGAACUGAAUUUUUAUCGUGCCUAAGUUACACCGAGCUGCUUGAUUUGGCACAGAAUCUGCUUGCACUACCAGCAAGCACCCUGGAUACGAAUUCGGCGAAAACUCGGAUGCAGACGAAGCAACGCAACCGUGACCUCGUGUACGAAAUGGAGGUGAACUUAAAGUCAGUAAAGGUCACAUCUAAGGUCGAGAUCCUAGGUGAACAGUGUGAAUCAGGCCUACCGGUUCAUAUUCCCUUGGAUCUUGAGAUCUGUACCGAACGGACUGGCCUUAUCCCUGCAGAAAUUCUAGUUCGUGGUCCCAACGAUAUUCGCGCUUACCGCGUCGAAUGCCUGGCGGUUCCGGAUAACGCACAGAUUACUUUUAAAUUUUCUGCCCCGGUUCACCAAAGCGUCGUGCAGGCAAUUCCGAUAAACAAUCAAACUAACGAAGACUGGCAUCUCCGAGCAGAGUUCACUGGGGCUGUUGAGUGGUUUUCCGGUCCGAACAAAAUUGUCGCACCCUCAAAACAAGUGACAGAUUAUAUCGUCAACUUUGUGCCCUACAGAGAAACUACUGUUGCCGCUCAGUUAAAUCUCAUCAAUACGAAGAAUGGAAUCGUUCAAAACUUCCUUCUCAAUGGUUCUGGGCUGCCACCGAAAUCACAAGGACAACUGAAGUUUUCGUUCCAGUUGGAUAAUCCACAGGAACUGAGUAACACAGAAAAAAGCAUUGCAUUCAAACAAAACAUUAAACUUUUCCCGUUUUCUGUCAAAGUACCAAAUCCUACAUCACAAACGCAACACUAUAAAGUAGAGUCUACAUUCCCAGCAGGUACAAUCACAUGCUCCUGUGAAGAAGGUACGUCACAGCAUCUUGUGGUCUUUCCCGGUCAGACGACUGAAUGUUCUUUAUACUUUCGGGCCUCAAAAAGCGGAAGUUUCUCCGGCAUCUUGGCUUUUGUAUCUAAAGGUGGACCAACAAAGCCAUUCAGAACUGCCCCAACGGACCAGGAGGAAAGUUCUGAUGACGACCUGAAGAUUGAUGCUGACGUUUCCAAUCAGGUCGGUUUUCCUUUCCGGAUAUGGUACGAGCUCGUUAUCGACGUUGAUGCAGGUCCACCUGUGAAGGAGUUAGAAAUUGUCGCUCCAUGCUUGAGUAUUAAACCUGUAGAAAUUCCGUUCAGUCCGUUAUCCGAGCCUUUGGGGACUGGCGGUUAUGUUAAGUUGGAGAUUACUCUGGAAGGCGCUGGACUCCAUGGGUCAAGUGAAUACAUCUUGGACAGUUCUACCACCAUGAACCCAACACCUUAUCGUUUUGAGUUUCGUCCGGCUGUGGUCGGUGAUAGUAAGGGAAGUAUCACGUUCUUUCACCCACUGUGUGGUGAAUUCUGGGUUGCACUUUUACUGAGAACAACAAAGCCUGAAGACGUUCACGUCCAGCCUAUCAACUGCGAGCUGGGAAAGUCAGUCAUCACAACUAUUUUACUGGAGAAUCAUUCCGAUGAACCUUGUGUGCUGGCGCCACAUAUUGGAAACACUGAGGCUUUCGCCUUACAAAUGAACGUACCAUCGGAACCGUCGGCCCAUCCCGCGCUUCAUUCCGGUAAGGACGUUUUGAUACAAAGUCAUUUCGACGUCAUAGACCCUCCAAGGCAAGAGCGAUUCUCUGACAGUGCAAACCCAACCAUGAACUCGACGACUCCGGUUGAGGGAACAUCCCACUUGCCACCAGUACAUGUUCCUCCUAAAGCACUUCUUCUGGAAGCCAGGUCCACAAUACAGGUCGGACUAAAAUUCACUCCGUUUAAUCUGGGUACGGAAGGCCAUGAGGCUGUGAUCCGAUUUCUGUCCAAAAAGCUUAUAGAGUGGCGAUAUUUCGUGUCUGGAUGUGGAGUUCUUCCCAAAGCUCACAAGCCAGUGUACACAUAUGCAGAAAUCGGGUCAGCAAGUACUGUGCUGGUGCCUAUUUCCAAUCCAUUCCACAAUCCAGUGUGUGUUGAUGUUCUCCUCACUCAGUCUCCUGUAACAGUUCAUCAGCAGACGGUGUUUGUUGGUCCAGCCGAGGAGGCUCAAUCAUCUCCAGUAUCCCAAGGCAUCGGAGAUGACCAUCAAGGCAUAGCGGAAACUACCUCGCUCCUGAGCUGUACGAUUCUAUCUGACAGAAAAAUGGACCAUGCAGUCGUUCGCUCCUCUAGUCCGCCUACACGCUGCUCGAAUGUAAUCACCGGUGUAGUAGGAUCAACAACAAAGUACCAACUUUGUCUUUAUUUGUGUGCUGAUGCUUCUGAAGUCAAAGGAUCAUUAACUAGACCAUCCUUGUUACCAAAUGACCGACCUGCUACGAUAGAAAUUUGCCCGCUGGAAUCAACUUACUCAUCCAUGGGGCCGAAAUGCUCUGAGAGUGAAGAACCGUUUAUCAAGCUCAAGAUUUGUCCUUCAGCAAGAAGCCACAGUGCGACGAACAAAAUUCGGGAAGACAAAAACCAGCUUGUACCAUCCGGGAAACCAAGAGCAACGGACUCAGCCAUGAUUAAUAAACUUCUUGAAUCUUCUGUACAAAUAUUACUUGAAAGGAUUGGGGGAGAAACUACAACCGGGUCAACUGAGAUACAGUUAAUACUGGUCUUUACACCAUCUCAUCCAUUUAAGUGUACAGCACAGCUCACUGUUGCGACCGAACUUGGGGGAAUAUGGAAAUUUGCAAUGAGAUUUGAAGCCAAAGAAAGACUUGUGGAUGAUGUGGUUAUUUUACCCAUGCGAAGUCUAGGAAAAACGACCACGACAACAUUGUCGCUCGCGAGUGAAUCAGCUGUACCCGAACCGUUUGUGGCCACCCUGAGUCCCUCAAAUAAUAGUGAGUUCAAAAUUACUCCACAGUCUGGUUUAUUGCCAACGAGAACCAAGACACCCGAGGACAAAUAUAAUUGUCAGACACCGAGCACCCAUUCAGCACUGACAAUCGCUUUGACGCCAAUCCGCUACGGAAAACAAAAGGUUUCGGAACUAACCGUUGAAACCCCAACUUCACUGCACCGAUACCAACUGAUUGGUGACGUACCUUGCUACAUACCACCUACGAGAGCUGCAGUGCAAACAACCGGGAAAGCCUCAGACGCUCUGGGUCGGACAAAACUUCUAACACGGAAGAAGCGCAACUUCAUCUUGCACAACCAAUGUCCCGAGAGGCACAGGUCAACGGACUCAAGGGCGAACAUUGAAACCAGGGAAAACACGGUCUGAAAGAUCCAUGCUUGUCCCGACUUCACUACCCCGUCAUGCACAAAAUCAAAGAUCAUCCACACUUCUCACUAUUAUGAUCGCAAUUACUGUACCCAAUACACAAGAAACCA